AUGACCGACCCACGGUCGGCGGGGCUGGUCGGAUCACUACCCCAGACCACCUUCCUUGAGGCGCUCCACCGACUCUCUCCGACCCAUUUUGUGGACCCGUUCCGCAAACUCCACCACCCGGUACACUCCUGGGCGGUGGUCAUCGGUGGGCUCAAGCGAGUAGAAGAGAUCUUCGAUGCUUUCGUAAAGAAUCUCUUUACCAUCACUCGCUUCCGCACGGCUGGGGGCCACCAGCUGCUCCUGGCCGAAUACACCCACCUCCUGGACUGUGCGCGAUCAAUGGGAAAUGGCGUGUUGGCCGAUCAGCUGUGGGAAUUGAUGAAGGCACACAAUGUAGUGCCCGAUGCUGUGUGUUAUAAUCACUAUAUGGAGGCAAAGAUCUGGGACCACUGCUACACGGGCGCGGAGGCGUAUCGUAUACGCAUGCUGCCUCAUCAUUACAGAAAGCGACGUAGCGACGAACCGAACGUCGGGUGGCAAGGCUUCGGUACAGCACAACGAAGUGUACGGAAAUUGGUCCUACGGCUCUUCGGUGAGAUGCAGGAGCUUGGGUAUCUUGGGGACGAGCGCACAUAUAUCAAUGUGAUGCUUGCAGCGGCGCGCGUCGGCCAUAGGACGGCACUAACAGACAUCCUGAAAAAAGUGUGGAAUGUCGAUGUCAAUACCCUCAAAGAGGAACCUGAUAACGCGAGGGUGGAGCCGGCGACACCAUAUGAUCCCUGGUCCGCGUUGUAUCCGACUGAGAAGCUUCUCUUUGCAGUGGCACACGCUUUGGGCACCACAAACGACAUUCCCGGUGCUAUCAGGGCCGUGCAAUUCAUUUCUUGGUCGUACGACAUCCCCAUUUCAGAACGAGUUUGGCUUGAGCUGUUUGAGCGGACAUACGUGCUCUCGCGAUACCGAGGCAUAGAUGACCCCGAGUCGCCGAAAGCCAGACGAGUGGAGGAGGCCAACACAAUAGGAAAAGUAUCGCGAGAGCUGGUGUGGUCCGUAUUCGAUACCAUGACAUCGGAGCCUUACAAUGUGACUCCGACGUUGCAAGUAUGGCGAUUUAUGGUCAAUACCGGUAUUGACAAUGGAUCCCUGGAUGAGUGCCAGAACUACCUGCGCGGCGCAUACGAUCUCUUAAGCGAAACGAGAAAGAAAGAGGCUGAGGCACGAUGUGUCAUUCUUAGAUGCUUGAUCCCUGCGGCUGAGCUCGCUCGCCAGCAAGUCCACGCAGGAGCAGCGCGCCCCGAUCCAACACUCUUCCAUUCUGCGACCCUUGCAGAUGCGAUCAACGCGUACGACCUUCUCCGUCUUGAGGUCUGGCAGCAAGUACAUCUGCUCCAGCGCGCGCUCUGGAUCACAAUGCGCAUCCCAAGCUGGAAAGACAUCUCUGACCUUGAAUGGCAUAGCCAAGAACGGCCACGGAUGAUGGAGGAAUGGCGAGACUUCAUUCCUGGUAAGAUUCAGCUAUUCUACAGCGAAAACAGCGGCCACAUCGACAUGAUCGGCCCCAAGAGCUUUGGCAGUCCCUCCUGGAAAGCGGAUUCCCGGACCGUCCCUGUUCGAUACUCCACAGAACAUAAUAAUCUUUUCCAUCCGGUAGAGAAACCCUCUUGGAACGAGCAGUGCAAAUGGCAAGACCUCCGAAACCGAUAUCCUGAGGUAGAUUGGAACAUGGCCCCGCUCCACAGACUCUUCACGUUCCGCCUACCGCACACGCCAGAGUUCCGGACACAGUUAGAAAAAUUCCGCAACACUUGGGUUGAAUAUCCGAAGGGCCACGAGCUCUCAGCCGACAUGAAUCCGCAUGGCAGGCUCUAUGGCCGCCUUGCAGCGCUCGGUAUGCUCAAGUCCACGAAGCGCGGGAUGUUGCUUCUGGACGAGCGUUCUUGGGUGUGA